UUCUGAACUCCUGUCUUUGAAACCAGCUUGAAGAGUAAAUGGGACAGAGCCACAAUGUCACUGAAUUUGUCCUCCUGGGCCUCACCCAGGAUCCUGUGGGGCAAAAAGCAUUAUUUGUCAUGUUUUUACUCAUGUACAUAGUGACCAUUGUGGGCAAUUUACUCAUUGUGGUGACAGUUGUUGCCAGCCCCUCCCUGGACUCUCCAAUGUACUUCUUCCUUGCCUAUCUGUCACUCAUGGAUGCUGUGUAUUCCACUGCCAUCCUACCCAAGUUGCUUACAGACUUACUUUGUGACAAAAAGACAAUCUCUUUCACAGCUUGCCUCAUUCAGCUCUUUGUAGAACACUUAUUUGGUGGUGCUGAAGUCUUCCUUCUGGUGGUGAUGGCCUAUGAUCGCUUUGUGGCAAUCUGUAAGCCACUGCACUAUUUGACCAUCAUGAAUCAAAGGAUUUGUAUCUCCUUUUUGGUGGUAGCCUGGGUUGGAGGAUUUGUACAUGCCCUGAUUCAAGUUCUGUCUGUUUAUAAACUUCCUUUCUGUGGACCUAAUGUCAUUGAUCACUUUGGCUGUGACAUGUACCCAUUAUUGGGACUGGCAUGCACUGACACCUACUUCAUUGGCCUCACUGUGGUUGGCAAUAAUGGAGCCAUGUGUAUGGUGGUCUUUAUUCUUCUUUUGGUCUCCUAUGGCAUUAUUCUAAGCUCUCUUAAGACUCACAGUCAGGAAGGUAGGCGCAAAGCCCUGUCUACCUGUAGCUCCCACAUCAUGGUGGUUGUCCUCUUUUUUGUUCCCUGUAUUUUCAUGUAUGUUAGACCUGUUUCCAACUUUCCUAUUGACAAGUCCAUUUCUGUUUUUUACACAGCUAUUACUCCCAUGUUAAAUCCUUUAAUAUACACCUUGAGAAAUGCAGAGAUUAAAAAUUCUAUGGAAAAACUCUGGUGUAGAAUGUUAAGUACAGAUAGAAGUACAAUUUCUUCUCAAUGAAUAUCUUGUUACCUUCAAAGAAACAAUUAGGAAUACAUCAUAGUUGUGUGUGUUCCA